AUGAAUACCAAUCGAAGUUGGAUGAAUCAUAGUGGGAUAAAGGAUAGGCGAAAAGCGGAGUAUAAAGCAGGGGUCGAUGAGUUUCUAGAGUUUGCUUUCAAAGAAAAAAGUGAUGAAACAUCACUGAAAUGUCCCUGUGUGAAAUGUAGAUUGCUUUUUGCCCAAAAUCGAAAAGCAAUGCAAAUUCACUUACUAGUACAUGGUAUCGAUAAUGGUUACAAUCCAUGGGUGAGUCACGGGGAAUCAGUUGAGCUUGAAGGCGAAACAGAGGUGGUUUCAGACAACGAGGAAAAUGAAAUAGAAAUGCCCUUUGAUGACAUGGCUCCAUUAAUUUUUGAAGCAACAAAUGCAUGGAAUUCAACUACUUCUUCUGUGCCCGAUGAUAAUGGAAACAAUAGAAAGUCAGACAAUCAUGAAUAUCCUAAGGAGUUAAUGACAUUAGUAGAAGACAUGGAGGCCGAGUUGUAUCCGGGGUGUACCACAUUCAAAAGAUUAGAGUUUAUUAUCUCAUUGCUACACAAUAAAGUUAGCAAUAAAUGGAGUGAUAAAUCUUUUUCAAUGUUAUUGAAGACCUUACAUAGGGCUUUUAACUAUGACAAGAAUUUUCCUGCAAAUGCUUAUGAAGCAAAAAAAUACACAAAAGCACUAGGGUUAGAUUAUGUAAAGAUUGAUGCUUGUGUUAACCAUUGUAUUUUGUUUCGAAAAGAAUUUGCGAAUGAAGAAAAAUGUCCUAAAUGUGUAGCUCCUAGAUGGAAGGAGAAAGUCGUGCAAGGUGGUGAUGAGUAUUCAGAUGGCGAGGAUGUCCAAAAGACAACUCGAGUUCCUCAACUGAUCUUGCGUCAUUUCCCCUUAAUUCCACGACUACAAAGGAUGUUUAUAUCUUCCAAGUUAGCAAGACAUAUGCGAUGGCAUAAAGAUGAUAAGAAGGAUGAUGGGAUAAUGAGACACCCUGCAGAUUCAGAAGCAUGGAAGUCUUUGGACAAAACAUUUCCAGACUUUGCUAAAGAUGCACGUAAUGUACGAUUGGGUUUAGCUAGUGAUGGGUUUAAUCCUGGAGCUAACAUGAGUAGUAGAUAUAGUAUUUGGCCAGUGAUGUUGGUGCCGUACAAUCUACCCCCUUGGAUGUGUAUGAAGAGUGAUAAUAUGAUAUUAUCUUUAUUAAUUCCUGGCCCUAAAUCUCCAGGAGAUGAUAUAGAUGUAUUUUUGCAACCUCUAGUAGAUGAACUUAAUGAACUGUGGGAGUUUGGGGUAAAAACGUUUGAUGCCUAUGCGAAAGAGACUUUUAAUAUGCGAGCGGUGUUGUUAUGGACCAUUAAUGACUUUCCAGCUUAUGCUAAUUUGUCUGGUUGGAGUACCAAAGGGCCCUUGCAUGCCCUAAUUGUCAUAUAG